CACAGUCCCUCAACACCCGGUUGGGAAACGCUAUUGUUCUAAGGUGUUAAUCCCCCGACCGCUGGUAACAGUGCGCGUUAUGCUUGUGGAGUGAAGCCGAUGACGUCAUAGCAUCACGGCGUCUUUCUGAAUUUGAAUUGUCUUCCGUUCUGCUCCAGUGAAACUUGUGCUGUUUUAUACAGUUUAUUCCGAAAAUAUUCCUAGAUACGCGUGUAAUAGUACUCGUAAAGACUUUCUGAUAAGAUCAAACUUAGAUCGUGUUUGUAAUUGUUAUAGCAGUGAUUAGAAAUCUGGUAUCAGUGGUGAAGCCAUACAAAAGUUUGCCAGUAUGCCAUACAAAUUAAAUAAAUGGAAACGCCCGAAAGGAUACUAUGCAAAGGUGCAUGAGAAAAGGAAGCUAUCUAAACAGUUAAAGGCAGAGGAACAUACUAGUACCUGCAUUUCCAACAUAUCAGAUCUACAGAAACAUGUUGGUCUUGUGACAUUGCCAUCAAAUUGGUCUGUUCUAAAGUCGCCAACAGAAAUCAGAUUCAGCCAGAUAGAGUUUAUCGGGGAUGAGUCAACAGUUUCCAGAUGCGUUAUGGUGGGGGAAGAUUUAACAUGGCAAGUGAAGCUUCAUGGGCGAUACAUCCCCAAAAACCAUUCCAUCUUUGAAGGCAUAUCUUCUGCAGUUACUGAUGUUGACAUGGUCACAACUCUUAUUAGUGAGGCUGUGAAAUGCAAGAUGUGCCCAGGAAACUUUGAUCAAUCAUAUAUUGAUCUAGUUCGAGGUAAAGGUGGGGAAAUUGUGAAGGCCACUUCCUUGUCAGGGGAGAAAACCAGUUCAGACAGUAAAGUGAACCUUAGAUUCCUUAGUCCCACAGAACUGAGGGAAAGAGCAUCGAAUCUACAGAAAGAGAAGAUGACUUUAAAGCGGUCCUUGAGCAGAACUGUGAAACAACUUGUUUCAUCUGAAGGGAUUGCAAUUGAUGGGACAUUACAGAGCGACUUUAAAGCUAUAAUGGAGGAAAACAAUCAUUCUGCCUAUGAAGCACUCAGGAGUUCCGGUUUCGUGAAACUGCCUAGUCAAAUUACAUUAAGCCCAAACCAGGAAUUAGUCAACCAGUGUUGA